AAGAGACCCCUCCCCCAGUCCCGGUCCCUGACGGGGAUGAAGUGAACUCACUCUCCCCUCUCUCUUCCCCCUCCUCACUCCCCCAAAACAAACACCCACCCAUCCAUUUCUUUCCUCAGGAUCCAAACAAAAACCCCAUUUCCUCCUUCCCAUCCCCUUCUCACCUCCCUUUCUCCCCUCCAAGCUGCCUCCUUUCCUUCAAGAUCUCCGCAAAGGCGUCGCCUUUCCUCCCCUUUCCCUCUCCCCAGUCUCCCUUCCUCGCCCUUUUCUAUCUUCUUCUCGCAGGAUUCGCCAGUUGUGCGCCUGGAUCUGCUGUCUGAGGUGCUUGAUCCAGGGAUCCGUGGGAGCUUCGCCGGCGCUUCGCGAGGGCACAUGAUGGCUGCUCCUUUUGCUAAAUCUCUGUUAGUUUUCUAUGUUCUCGGAUCCGAGAUUUGGUUUUUCUAGCCUGGGAUUCUUGGUGGGAUUUGGAUGCCGUAGUUGCUGAGCUGCUGCUUAUGAUGCAAACGCACUGGAAAGGGGCUCAUAGGGUUGAGGGAUUCUUCGGGAUUUCGCGGCCGCCGCAGUCCGAGCUGAGCUGCUGGCUUAUGGUGCAGAGCCGGAGAACCCCCCCUGUCCAGAGAUCUCUCGGUAGAGCGCUCGCCGGUGGCCGGAUGGUUAUUUCACGGUGUUAGGGAAGUGGGUAAUGGGGAACAGUACUUCUCGAGUCGUUGGUUGCUUCGUGCCGCUAGGAAAUGGGAAAGAGGGGGUCAAUUUGGAGUUCUUAGAGCCCCUUGAUGAAGGAUUGGGCCAUUCCUUCUGCUAUGUUAGGCCAGUGAUUGCUGAUUCCCCUGCCAUAACCCCGUCAAAUUCUGAAAGGUAUACUGUAGAUUCGAGCAUCCUUGAUUCGGAGACGCACAGCGGCUCCUUUAGGCAGGAGAUAGCCGAGGAUUUGGCUGCUGGGGUGCAGAGGGUCAGCAAGAACUUCUCUGAGACCACCUUUAAAACCAUAUCAGGGGCUUCGGUCAGUGCAAAUGCCUCGACUGCUCGGACCGGCAAUCCGAAGAUGCUGCUCUCAGGCGAUGCCCAGGAGCCUGCUGCUUCGUUCGAGAGCACGGCAUCCUUUGCUGCGAUCCCUCUGCAGCCGGUGCGGCGCGGGUCUGGGCCGUUGAACGGGUUCCUGUCGGGACCCUUGGAGAGGGGAUUUGCUUCAGGGCCUCUGGAAAGAGGGGCGGGUUUCAUGUCAGGGCCUUUGGACAAGGGUGCUUUCAUGUCCGGUCCUCUCGACGGUGCUGAUAGGAGUAACUUCUCAGCUCCACUUGCUUAUGGCCGGAGGAGGCCGGGGUUUGGACGGCUCAUGAGGAGCAUGAGUAGGCCCAUGAAGAUUGCGCUCUCAAAGACUUUCACAAGGCGCUCUCAGGGUCCUCCUGGAUGGGUGCAGCGGUUCCUUUUGCAUCCGAUGACGCAGUUGGUGUGGCAUUCCAAGGAGGCAAGGUUUCGAGCGGAAGCUCCACAGAGUUGUGUGGAGGUUGGGCCAUCUGAACCCGAGUACAGCAAUACACGUAAUUUGCAGUGGGCUCAUGGCAAGGCCGGAGAGGACAGGGUGCAUGUCGUGCUGUCUGAAGAGCAAGGGUGGCUAUUUGUUGGGAUAUAUGAUGGUUUCAGCGGUCCCGAUGGACCUGAUUUCUUGAUGAGCAAUCUGUAUAAAGCUAUAGAUAAAGAGUUGGAAGGAUUGCUAUGGGAUUAUGAAGACAAGCCUGGAAAAAGUGUACCUUCAUCUGGUCUUAUUGAAAAUGAUGCGGUUGGGGUUUCUUCAGAGUUUGUAAAGGAAGAAUGUGUAGGUUCUCAGUUGCACAAUGAUGUUUUGGAAAAACAAGGUGAAAAUCCUUCUCAAGCACAUGAUGAAUGUUCCAAAAAGCAGUGCAAUGAAGAAGUUGUACCUAUCCAGUCAGACGAGGAUGCAACUGGAGUGGAAACUACAGUGAAAAAUGGGUCAGGUGAAGCAUUCAUGGAAGCUGAUGAAAUAGUAGAGGAAAAAGAUGGAUCUAAGGACAUAGGCCAGCUGCAAAGUGAAGCUGGCCAAGACUAUAGCACAAAUAUGGGUGAUAGAAAUUCAGAAACAGCAAGCCAUGUCAAUGCACCGGAGAGCGAAGCCUCCUGCACUGCAGCAACCAAAUUGGCAAGCCAAUGCAGAAAAAGCAAGCGCCUUUAUGAGCUGCUUCAGAUGGAACUGCUGGAAGACUAUGGUUCGAGGGAGCCUUGGUUAGCAUCAGAAAUUGGAAAGAAGAGGAGUUCCUGGGAUUUGCAAUCAAGUGCCAGUGAAGACUUGAGUACCAGAGAAAGCUUACCAACAGCACAGCCUGUUUCUUGCUCUUCAAGUAUCAAAGGAGAAAGUUCAUGUCAUGUGGAAGAUGCUGGCAGUCCAAGGGAAAGUGAGGGUGUUUUGGGGAAAGAUUCCAGAGAUUCAAAGCACAGCUCUGUCGCUUCAUUUUCUGCUUUGGGGCAUAGGCAGAUGAUGAAGAGAUCAUUGAUCGGGUUGAAAUUGAGGAAAAUGUACAGAAAGCAGAAGUCAUUGCGUAAGAAACUUUUCCCCUGGAGUUAUGAUUGGCACAGAGAACAGCCCCAAGCUGAUGAGAGGGUAGUUAAUCCGUCAGUAGUCAUUAGGAGAUGCAAGCCAGGGCCAGUGGAUCAUGAUGCGGUACUGAGGGCAAUGUCACGAGCUCUUGAAGCAACAGAGGAAGCUUACAUGGAAAUGGUGGAAAAGGCGCUCGAUAAAAAUCCGGAGCUUGCACUGAUGGGCUCAUGUGUUCUUGUGAUGUUGAUGAAGGAUCAGGAUGUUUAUGUCAUGAACCUCGGUGACAGUCGUGUUAUCUUGGCACAAGACAGGCUAAAUGAUCGCCAUGUUAACCAAAAUCUUGUAAAAGAUGAUACGAAGCAUCGAAACCGGUCAAGGGAGUCAGUUGUUCGUGUGGAGUUAGACAGGAUCUCGGAGGAGUCUCCUAUGCAUAACCCCAACAGCCGUGUCUGCAACAUUAACAAGAAUAGGGAACUCUCUCUUUGCAGAUUAAAGAUGAGGGCUGUACAGCUGUCUACUGAUCAUAGUACCAGCAUCAAGGAGGAAGUUCUGAGAAUUAAAGCAGAACAUGCUGAUGAUCCUCAAGCUGUCUUAAAUGAUAGAGUAAAAGGACAGUUGAAAGUUACUAGAGCAUUUGGUGCAGGGUUUCUGAAGAAGCCAAAGUUCAAUGAAGCUUUGCUGGAGAUGUUUCGGAUUGACUACAUUGGAACCUCACCAUAUGUUAGCUGCAUUCCCUCAGUUCUUCAUCACCGUCUCUGCUCAAGUGAUCGCUUCUUAGUCCUUUCAUCUGAUGGGCUUUACCAAUAUUUCAGCAAUGAAGAGGUGGUUGCACAUGUUUCGUGGUUUAUGGAAAAUUGUCCUGAGGGAGACCCUGCACAAUACCUGAUAGCUGAGCUUCUUUUUCGUGCAGCUAAGAAAAAUGGGAUGGAUUUUCAUGAAUUACUGGAUAUUCCACAUGGUGAUCGCCGGAAGUAUCAUGAUGAUGUUUCUGUGAUGGUGAUUUCCCUUGAGGGAAGGAUUUGGAGAUCGUCAGGUUGAUCACUGCACUUUGUGGAUUUGUGUCCAUCCUCUCAUGUACCAAAUUUUCAUCAAGGAAGGCUUCUUGUUCCUUUCAUGAGCUCUCUCUCUCUCUCUCUCUCUCUCUCUCUCUCUCUCUCUUCUUUUUUUCCGCUUACUCUUUUCCUUCAGGUGAGCUCCGAGUUACAAACAUUUGUAGUGGCCAUCUCUAUUUACCUCUUGUGCAUGUGUGGCCAUCCAAUUCAUUGGCCACUUUAAGGAUUACCUUGGUCUUUUCAAUCAUAGGAUCAAUUUAAUUCAUGGAUAUCAAGAGUCUAUCCGCUGGAUGGCUGUGAUGCAAUGAAUUAUGCCAGGCUGGGCAUUUGCAUCAAUGAAAGAUCUGAAUUGAAAAGAAAGCCCCACAAGCAACCUGUUUUCUUACUUCAUUCUUGUUUUUUAUUUUUUCUAUGAUGGUGCCAUGGACAAUUUAUUGAUAUUGUGAAAUCAUUAUACUGAAACAGUGGCCAUCUACCCAGCCAUUCUCGAAUAUCAAGUUGGCAAAUAUACAAUUUACAUUCCAUACAUAUCUGAUGGACCUAA